GUAAUAUAGAAUAGAGAGAAGAGAACAAACGCCCUAAAACCCUAACUGUAUAUAAAUAAACCCUCACAUCCUCUUCGUCGCCGUCUAGGAAAACUCUACAGCUCCUCCUCCGAUAUCCAUUCAAUAACUUCCGCAAAAAUGAAGAUUGUCGCUGCGUUCUUACUCGCCGUUUUGAGCGGAAAAGCUUCUCCAACCAGUGCCGAUAUCAAGGACAUCCUUGGAUCAGUUGGGGCUGAAACCGAAGAUGCUCAGAUUGAGCUUUUGUUGAAGGAAGUUAAAGGGAAAGACUGUGCUGAGCUAAUUGCUCUCGGAAGGGAGAAGCUAGCUUCUGUCCCGUGCGGCGGUGGUGGUGUUGCGAUGGCUUCUGCUCCAUCUGCUGGCGGCGGAGGAGGUGCUGCUCCUGCUGAGGAGGCCAAGAGAGAAGAGAAGAAAGAAGAGAAGGAAGAAUCCGAUGAUGACAUGGGUUUCAGUCUAUUCGAGUAAGCGGCUUUACUUGGCUUCUAUUUUUGUCUUCACCUUUUGAAAUUUUUUGUUGUUGUUUCUUACUUUGUACUCGAUCAGUGUCUUAACAUUCCUGAAAUUCUCAAGAGAUUUUUACGCAAAUAUAAUCGUCAUUGUUAUUUCAAGUUCUUACUUUUUUAA